CACUCCGGAGCUUAGGGGAGUUCUCCUCGCUGUCAUUUACGUUGGGUUGUGCCACGACGUAUGUUUUGAUAAGCGUCUGCUCACGAGGUUGCAUUCGAACACGUGGUUUACGUGUAGGCGGUAACUCAACUUUGUAGAAAUCCUUCCAGCUCUGUUGGUGAAGUGGUUCCUAGUGACGUAAUGCCUUUAAAAGAAAUAAUUUCUUCCGAGUGAAUUCUGCUUCGUAUGCUUGACUGCAAACAAGAAUAAAUAGGCACAGAACAUCAAAAAAUGAAGAGAAAUAAUAUCCAUAAACUGGAUUUAUUUUGUGUUACAAUACUUUUUCUUGAAAUAGUAAGUGCAACAGCGCGCGGGGAACGCGGCGACAGCGGCGACAGCGGCGGGUGCGGCUACGGGGCCGUGAAGGGCGGGCCGACGCUGCAGUGGGCCGCGAGCGGCAGGGCGCAGUGGGCCUGCGACCCGGGCUCCCAGCUGCUGGGCGCGGCCAGCUCCGGCUGCGUCGACGGCCGCUGGCAGCCUCCGGUGCCCGUCUGCGUCACGGACCGCGGGGGCUCCAGGACGCGGUGCGACUUCGAGCCGGAGGACCUGUGCGGCUGGGCGCGAGGGGCGCGGGUGGACCCGGAGGGCGGCUACUCGUGGCGGCGCCGCAGCGGGGCCACCCCGUCGCGCGCCGCGGGCACGGGACCGCUGUUCGACCACACGCUGGGCCCGGGCCGCCGCGGUCACUACCUAUACAUCGAAUCAAGUACAGGCAAAGAAGGCGACACUGCAUCGCUGUAUUCACCUGUGUUCAGUCCUGCACUAUCCAAUCAUUCCUGCGUCUAUUUCUGGUACCACAUGUACGGAGCUACCACAGGUUCGCUGAGAGUGUACGUGAGGCCCGAGAGCGCGGGGCAGGACCUGGGGCCAGUCUUCCAGCUGGACGGUCACCAGGAAGACGCGUGGCUGAUCGGCUUCUUUCCGCUCAACGGAACCGACGAGCCCUUCCAGGCAAGUGCACCGACCACUUUCUCGCUCGUGUCCUAGUCUGCACGUGACCCG